UUUGAUCUGUUUUGGCAAGAAAUCUCAAUGAAAUAUUAUGGUGACAUGAGCUCAAAUAACCGAUAACUGGGUUUUCAUAUCAUCAACAGCAACAGGUAUUAAAAAAACACAAAAAGCGAGAAUAAUACCCUUUUUGUCAUUAAAGUUUGUUGUUGUUGUUGUUGGUUGGUCUGGAGAGGCGAUAACAUAUUGUAGUAAUGGAUUUCUGGCCAGAAUUCCUUGCAAACAGUUGGGGUAGAGAAUUUGUCGCCGGUGGAUUUGGUGGUAUCGCCGGCAUAAUCUCCGGCUACCCACUUGAUACUCUUCGAGUAAGGCAACAGCAAUCGGUUUCUGGUUCUGCUUUGAAAAUAUUUCGUAAUAUUAUUGCCAACGAUGGGCCUGCUGGUCUUUACAGAGGCAUGGCUGCUCCCUUGGCUUCUGUCACUUUCCAGAACGCCGCUGUGUUUCAGAUCUACGCCGUUCUUUCUCGAGCAUUCAACUCCUCUUCCCAAUCCAAUGGUGACCCUCCAAGUUAUAAGGCUGUGGCUUUUGGAGGAGUUGGUACCGGAGCUCUUCAAAGCUUCAUCCUGACGCCGGUGGAGCUUGUGAAGAUCCGCCUGCAAUUGCAGAGUGCAAGCCAUGCAGCAACAUCACAUCAACAACUAAUUUCUUCUUCUUCUUCUUCUCAUAGAGGUCCAUUGAGCGUCGCCAAAAGCAUCUGCAAAACAGAAGGAUUGAGAGGGAUUUACAGAGGACUUACCAUAACCAUGCUCAGAGAUGCACCCGCACAUGGCAUCUAUUUCUGGACAUAUGAGUGCAUGAGAGAGCAGUUUCAUCCUGGCUGCCGGAAGACCGGCCAAGAGAGCGUCGGCACAAUGCUGGUCGCCGGAGGGCUUGCCGGAGUUGCCAGCUGGGUUUUUUGUUAUCCCUUGGAUGUAUUGAAGACGAGAAUUCAAGGUCAGACACAAAGAAAGUACAAUGGAAUUGUAGAUUGUCUUAGCAAAAGUGUGAGAGAAGAGGGUUACAGAGUGCUAUGGCGAGGGCUAGGGACAGCAGUUGCCAGAGCAUUUGUGGUAAAUGGGGCCAUUUUUUCUGCUUAUGAGAUAACUUUGAGGUGUUUAUUCAGCAGUGGAAGCAAUCAAACACAGCAAUAAAGCUCUGAUUGCCCACAUUUGAAUUCCCUCACCUUGUGAUUUCUUGUUUUCAUGUUCUUUUACACUUCUGGUAUAAAAUGACAUGCUUCAGAUUUAUACAAAGUUAUGCUAAAGCCUUGAUUGCCCAAUUUAUCUAAUUUUAUAUCGCUGAUCUUAUGUGAUGAAAAGUUUGGUUCCGAGAAUAUUUUAUAAGCCCUAAAAGAUCAAUUUACAAAAAUCCAAGACCAUAAAAGAAGCCAAAUGGUUCCCUUAUAUUGUCUCCAUGAAAGGUAAAAACCCAUUGAACAGAAAAGUACAGUACUCUACCAUUGAGUUAGCAACUUCAAAAACAUAUCAAUGAAAGAAGAAAUGGUAGCGUAAGAAAAACUGUGUAGAUAUAAUCGGAAUCAUUCCUUAGACAAAGGAGAUUAAAUUACAAGAGUUAGUCAAAAUAUGCCCCCAAAAAAGAAAAGUUCUUAUACCAAACGAAAGUAACUUUUUGAAUCACACAUAAAAAAUGCAAUGAAAAUGAAACCAUCACGUGAGUAUAAAGCAAAGAUCAUGGAAAGAGAUAACUAGCUUCGUUCUGCAAUUUCUUAUUCCAUGAAAAUCAUAUCAAUUUUCUAGAGUUUCACUGUGAUGAAUGAAGAAUAUAUUCUAAUUCAUAGCUAUGUAUUCUCAACAAUUGGGAAGAAGACAGUCAGAAAAAUGUACAUCUCUGGUUUGAGUCUUUACAGCAGAAGAAGAAUAUGCUCAGAAACAUACUAAAGAAUUUGUAAGAAGACGA